UAUUUGUUUCAAGUCGGGCUCAACAUAGUAUGAUUAUCCGAAUACGCUGCGGUCACACUAGUACCGGCCCAUAUAGACAGAAGAAAAAUUUUAUUUAACCGAUUUCAGCUAUAAACAGGCUAUUACGCGGAAAGCACAUAUAAAUUCCCGAAUAAAUCCGCAUUCGAAGUCCCAUAAAUAUUGACAGUCAGUCGGCUAGGACAGCUAAUCACACCGACAAUGGCCAACAACAACUACGCCGGGUUUAACUACGGCGGCACCCAGUACAAUACGGGCCAGGUCUCGUACCCGGCGGUAACCAAUGCCACCUACGCGAAUGCGGCCGCCUAUCAGAAUGCCGCUGUGGCCGCCGGACAGGGUGGUUACGCCGGAGCAGCAGGAGCGGGCGCUGGCGCCCCCUCUGGCCCUGGGGCGGGGGGUUACGGUGGCUACGGCGACUAUCGCAGUGCCAUGCAAUACGACGCUACCAAGACAUUCUACCAGCAGUCGUCGGCCAGCUACAACGCCUCCGGUUCGACAGCCUCGGUCAGCAAGACGCACUACUCCGCUCCGCCAGUCAAGAAUCAGGUGAAGGGCAAGAUGGACAAGUCUAAUGGUGGUCCCAAGCCCCCUAGUUCGGCUCCUCCGGCGGGCAACAAUUACAGUGGCUAUGAUACAGCGCUCUACAAUGCGGCAAGCAUGUAUGUGGCCCAACAGCAUCAGGGCAAUCCAAACCAAAAGCCAAAUGGCGGCGCCAAUAACUGGUAUCAGCGCAAGAUGCAACCCACCAUACCAGGAGCACCGGCCAUAAGGGGUAUGCGUCCGAAGGCACCUCCACGUCCCCAGCAGCUGCACUACUGCGAGGUGUGCAAGAUCUCGUGCGCCGGACCUCAGACCUAUCGCGAGCAUCUGGAGGGUCAGAAGCACAAGAAACGCGAGGCUUCGCUAAAAAUGUCAGCUAGUGCUAACAGUGCUACACAAAAUCGUGGUAACAACUACCACUGCGAGCUGUGCGAUGUAACAUGCACUGGUACGGAUGCAUAUGCCGCCCAUGUGCGGGGAGCCAAGCAUCAGAAGGUGGUCAAGUUGCACCAGAAGCUGGGCAAACCCAUUCCCUCGGAGGAACCCAAAAAGAUGGGCAAGAUCAACUUUGUGCCCGCUGCUGCUGGCGGAGCUGGUGUUGCCAAGACCGAAGGCGGCGCGAACGAGAGCGAUGCAGCUGGAGAUCUUGAUGAUAAUCUGGACGAUUCGCUGGGCGAAAACUCGGACAACAUUAAGCCAGUGGGCGGCGAGUAUAUUGAAGAGGUCAAGGACGAAGAGGGCAAGAUAUUGAGCUUCAACUGCAAGCUGUGCGAUUGCAAGUUCAACGACCCGAAUGCCAAAGAGAUGCACAUGAAGGGCCGUCGCCAUCGCUUGCAGUACAAGCGAAAGGUGCAGCCAGAUCUAGUUGUCGACUUCAAGCCCACUCCUCGCCAGCGCCGCCUGGCUGAGGCCCGUGCCAACCGGGCUAUGAUGUCCUCGCAUCGCGGCGGUGAUGAUCACGACGGCGGCUACUGGGAGGAGCAGCGCAACCGACAAUACAACGAAGAGUAUGACUACAACAACUGGAUGUCGCGCAGUUUCGGAGGUGCCCAGCGCUUUGGGCGCAUGGGCAAUGGACCGCCGCCGCACUUUGGCAUGAUGCCCGGCGGAAAUGUUCGUCGUCCGGAAAGCACUGAUGAUCGCCACGCCAUUGCCCGUCACGCCGAGAUCUAUCCGAAGGAGGAGGAGCUGCAGACCAUCCAGCGCAUCGUCUCGCAUACCGAGAGGGCCCUAAAAUUGGUCUCCGAUGCCCUGGCCGAGCAGCCCAGCGAUGCCGGAGCGGCCAAUAAGAAGGACAAGGCUGACAAGCCGUCGGAGAAAGACGGACGCGACAAUCAGAUCUUCUCGUUCCACAAAGACGCCGACAAUGGUGGCAAUGUCGUGCGCAUCCUGAAGGGAGUGAUGCGAGUGGGCUACCUGGCCAAGGGGCUGCUGCUCCACGGCGACAACGCCGUCGAGCUGGUUGUCCUUUGCGCGGAGAAGCCGACUUCUGGUCUUUUGCAGCGUGUGGCCAAUGUGCUGCCCGACAAACUCAAGGAGGUGGCAGGCGAUACUCAGGUCAAUUACCGCGUGGAGGUCAACGCCGAGGAAGCCGCCCUAAUUGUGCUGGAUGAGUCUGUUUCCGUUAAGAUUACCCUCACCUCGCCUUUGCUGCGCGAUGCCAAUCCCGGGGAAGCUUCCACCAAUGAUGAAGGUGAGGGCGAUUCCGAAUUCCUGGCUCGUGAGCCCUGCCUACGUGCUUUGGCUGAUUUGCGUCACGCCAAAUGGUUCCAGGCUCGAGCGACAGGCCUCCAGUCGUGCGUCAUGGUCAUACGCAUCCUCAGGGAUCUGUGCCAGCGCGUCUCUUCCUGGCAGUCGCUACCCCAAUGGUCUUUGGAGCUCCUCGUAGAGAAGGUCAUCUCGUCGGCUGGCUUUCCCAUUUCACCCGGUGACUGCAUGCGCCGCAUCAUGGAGGCCUUAUCGUCGGGCUUUCUAAUCAACGGACCGGGCCUACUGGAUCCCUGCGAGAAGGACCCCACAGACGCUCUACUCGACUUGACCAAACAGGAGCGCGAGGAUCUCACUGUGUCCGCACAGCUCUUCCUGCGCUACAUUGCCUUCCGCCAGAUUUACAAAGUGCUCGGCAUGGAGCCGCUGCCGGCCAUGAAGUUUCCCAUGCGUCCAUGGCGUGUCAACCGCAAGCGACGCAGGUCAUCGGGCAAGGCAGGUGGUGCACCAGGCACGGAGACCGAGUCCAAUGACAUCGAUGAGACCGGCUCCGAUGAGAAGGUGGCCAAGAAGGAGGGUGCCGGAGUCACUCCUGCCAGCACCUAAGCGGCGAGAAUAGGUUAUAUACACGUAGUCGGCUACUAAUAUUACAAUUUCUCUCAAGAUAAAUGCGCGACCAGGCGUCACUUAACUAUAACCAACUCUAAUCUGUACACGAGUAUUCAAACCGAUUGGGGCACAAGUAGCUAAGCAUGUCCAACAUGUUGCCCAAUCGGCGUUUAGUGAAUCCCAAACUACCCCAACUUUAACUAACAAUAUUUAGUGGAUCAUAAAACUUGUAUUUUUCUAGCAUUAGUGCAAGGCAAGGCAAUGUAUUCAGUUUGAAUGUGAACAUUAUGCCCUCACACUCAUAUACACAAAUACAAGAACGAAGCGGAUUUUAAUAAAACGUAUUGAACAAUUAUAAUGAAA